AUGACCCAGAAUAUAUUGUUGCAAGUUAAUGACGUCGAUUUUUUUCAGAUCCCGAUGGCCCCGAUGAAACAAAAGCCGGUGACAACUGUUUUCGUAGGAAAUAUCUCUGAGAAAUGUAGUAACGAAUUUAUGCAACAAAUGCUCCAGGAAUGCGGCACAGUAACAACUUGGAAGCGAAUACAAGGUUCGAAUGGGAAAUUUCAAGCGUUCGGAUUUUGUGACUUUGAAGAACCUCAAGGGACGCUGAGAGCACUGAGGGUGUUGAACGAUUUCCAAAUUGGGGAGAAAAAGUUGGUAGUAAAGGCAGAACCAAAGGUUCGUGAAGAGCUUCGUACAUGGGCCAUCCAACAUCGAAAAGACACUGGAAAGCCCGAGCUGAAGUUGAAAGAAGAUGAAUUGCCAGCUGACGAAGAGGAUCUAAAGAAAGACGAAGAAGUUCGUCUGAAGAUUUUAGCGUGGAUCGAUUCAGAUCAUCCACAACUGGUCACGCUAGCUGAAGAUGGCGAGCUCUCUGACAAAGAAGCUAAGGACGCAAAGAAGGAUAAAGAAAAGCAGAAGGAUGAGAAGAAGCGGGAUGCCGGUACGGAAAGCAAAAAGGAAGUAGAGCGUGAGAGGCGAAGGCGGAGGUCACGUUCAGAAUCGCGAUCCCGCUCCCGCAACGAAAGAAGGUCCCGACGCAGCAAAUCACCAAAACAUAAGCGUCGCCGUCGAUCUACAUCGUAUUCUGGUUCAUCGGAAAGCAGUAGUUCAAGCAGCUCGUCGGAAUCUCGAAGUAGAUCACGAUCCCGUGAGCGCACUCCGCCAAAGAAACGGAGAGAGAGGGACCGAUCACUGAGCAGGUUCUGCUCGAGUUCCGAAGAUAGUGAGGAAGCUCGUGAGAGACGGAAUUUGAAGAAACAGAUCAAAGAAAAGGAGCAAGCAUAUGUUUCGCGUCUUACGAAAUGGGAAGCUCGUGAACGGCAGAAGGCCAAACAAUAUGAAAGGGAAGAACGAAGGGAAAAAGACAGGAGGCGAGAUAUUCUCAAGGAAGCAAAAAAGCUAAAGCACUUUUUGGAAGACUACGAUGAUGAAAAGGAUGACCCAAAAUACUACAAGAGUUCUUCAUUAUUCCAACGUAAACGUGAUUUUGAACGUGAACGAGAAGCAGAUUCAAAAGAUCGGCUCAGAGAACAGCAAGAAAUAGAAGAGCUCCGAAAGCAAAUCCUUGCCGAAAACAAAGACGUGCAGAACGUGGACGAGGAAGCUCGCCGACGACACUUUGAGAAGGAGGAAGCCGCCAUGCGUCGUAUACGAGAAGACAGUGGUAGUCCGAAUCCUCACCAACCUCUUGGUCAGAGGGAUGGGGAUGCCGACAGCUCGAGUAGUAGUGCAGAAGAAAGUGAUGAUGAAGAUGAUGGAAAGUCAGUGGACGAAAAGUCGGCCGGUGAUGAUGAAGAAGAUACAAAAACUCCAAAAAGUGACGCUCCUCCAUCGAACAUAACACAUGAAGAUCGUUGGAGAAGCGUGGACGUCACCUCACAGUCAACUCCAUUGAGUGUAUCCUCUCCUGUUAUGUUACGUAACGCCUCUUCUAGUACAUCCUUACCAGCCAUGCAACGUCCUGAGCUGAAUUCCAGGCUCAAUGGGGUUUUCGGUAGUUUCAAUCAAGUUCUUGGUUAUAAUGAGAAAUUUCUAGGAGAUGACGAAGAGGAAGAGGGGGGCCGUAAUAAAUUGAAGCCUUUUGAAAUUACGCAAGAAGAUCGGAUGGAAACCUUAACUACGGACGAAAAGAAACGAAUGGUUAAAGAUCUCAUCAAUAACAUACCGACUACUAAAGAGGAACUGUUUGCUCAUACGAUAGAUUGGCGAUAUGUGGACCGGCCCUUAAUCGAACAACGGGUCCGGCCUUGGGUGGCGAAAAAAAUAAUGGAGUUUUUGGGUGAAGAAGAAGGAGCACUUGUGGAUUUCGUAUGCGAAAAGGUGGCCAACAAAACUUCACCUGAUCGUAUUUUAGGUGAUAUUGCCAUGAUACUUGAUGAAGAUGCUGAAGUGUUUGUGGUUAAAAUGUGGCGGCUCCUGAUCUACGAAAGUGAAGCGAAGAAAUUGGGUCUUGUUGUUCCACGGAGUACUCAGUGA